AUGAAGCUGUUAGACACCAAACUUUUAAAAGUUCUUGCCUUUUGUGGAGUCUUUCUCCUGCUAGCAGCUGUUGGGGGAGUGAUUGCACUGGUGGUAUUAUCACUUCAGAGUAAUAAUGUCAUAUGUGCAGAUAGUACAGGAUGCAAAAAUUCCACCAGUCUCCAAAAUUGCGACUGUGGAAUCUCAGCAGCUGCAACCAGUCGGAUAAUCGGAGGAAGUGAUGUUACUACUGGGCAAUUUCCAUUUCAAGUUAGCCUGCAAACUAACAGCUCACAUAUAUGUGGAGGGACGCUGGUUUCCUGCUCCUGGGUGCUCACUGCUCGACACUGUUUCAGUGGGUCCACAACUCCACAGGACUGGGUAGCUGUAGUUGGAACCCUGAAUUUGAAUGAUGUGACUUCCCCUAAUGUACAGAAAAGAGUUCUCAAGAAUAUCGUCUACUAUAACACUUCAAGCAGUAAUGAUAAUGAUAUUGCUCUUGUCGAGCUCCAAAGCCCUGUUGUAUUUACUGAGUUUGUUCAGCCUGCAUGUCUUCCUCUUGAUACGACGAUGCUGACUGUUGGACAGACGUGCACGAUCCUUGGCUGGGGAUUAACAAGUGAAGGAGGUUCACCAAGUUAUAACCUUUUACAAGCACAAAUAAACCUUUACAGCAACUCUGAAUGCCAGAACCUGUUAAAUACGCCCAUAACUAACAGUAUGAUCUGUGCCGGGGUGCCAAAUGGUGGAGCGGAUACAUGCCAGGGAGAUUCUGGAGGUCCUUUACUAUGUGCAGACAAUGAAACCAAAAAAUGGAUAGUAGCAGGCAUCACAUCAUCUGGACAUGGCUGUGGAAGACCCAAUUCUCCAGGUGUCUACACACGAACAACUGAUUUUAAUUCUUGGAUUAGAAGCUAUGUGUUUUCAUAACACAGCAGUGCAAUUAUAACUUGGGACAAUGACUUGGACAGUCAUGGUAUUUGUAUUUUUUGUAAUUUUAAAGGCCAUGAGUUCAUUCUGCAUUUCAUUUUUGGAAGAAACU